GUAUCGGCCUUUUGUUUACAAUUUUUGCUGGUUUUGUUGAGUCACAACCAUUCGAUACAAGGCCACCACCGCCCGCCUUCUCCUCCGCUGCCCCCGGCGCCUUCUGGCCCACCGCCGCCGUCUUCUCACGCACUACCGCCUUUUCAUCCGCGGCCAUCAACAAAGCAUCACGAGAAUACAACAAAUGACAAUAGGUGGCGGCCACGACCGCCACCAUCACAUUCGCAUAAUUACAAGCUCAAUACAGGCAAAAAACUUGGGCUUUUGUUCGUCGGCAUUGUUAUCUCCUUGCAGAUUGGUGUUGUUGGGCUCUUGGUUUUCAAGAGAAGGCAGCUAUUGAAAGUCAAAGGCACAUACGAGACUUGCUCUUCUUCUUCAUGAAAUAUCCGCCAAGGUUUUCUGUUCCUUUUGCGAUUCAUUUCUGUUUAGGGAGUUCUUUUAUUGGAUUUAGAAAAUUUCUUUGAUGAGCUGAGAAAGAUGAAGUAAUUUGCGGAUAUGGGUCCUUGCUGAGACCCUCUGUAAAUGGGUAAUUGUUGUUUGACAUUUUUCUCUUCUUUUCUUUUCUUCAAAUCUUCUUGUUGCUAUUUUAUCUGUUGAUUAAUUCUCUGGGGCUCUCUAGUUCUGUCUACACGGCUUGUAAUUCAACAUAGAAGAAAGCAUUUUAACUUUUGCCUCAACUGUUCUUUACCCCUUUCUAAUAACUUGUUUGACACUGUAACAAUGUUAGGAAUCAUGGAAGGAAUAUAAUGAUUUGGUAAACAUUUUCCAUUAUCUUUUUAUUAUUCAUUUUUUAUGUUUCUUUUUACCUGUAACUCAGAGAAGAAUGCUUCUUGUAUCAUUGACUUGUUGCCAAUAUUUAUGUAGUUGUGAUGCAAUAUUAUCGGUUUAGUUGCAUUUGCUUUGUGUUAUAUCUAUGUAAGUAUUUGAUAGAAGAUAUAAUAGGCCCAACAUCACAACAGAUUCUGAAACUUGGUUCAGCAAAAGCUUCAAGGUCAGCUGUAAGUGUCAUGGUGUCUUGAGAUGAGAACUGAUUAUUUAUGGUAGAUUUCCCUCAUCUGGAACAGCUUUGAGAUGGAACUUCCUUAGUAUUGGAUGUUUUGUCUUAUUAAAGCAUGCAUAUUACAUUACAUGUCUGUUAUGCAUUAUGAUGAAAUGAUUGAGACAAAUCUUACUUUGUUAUGUUACAUUUACUCGACCUGUGAUGGAUGUAUCAAAUAAUGGAUAAUUGUAGAAAACAAAUUGUAAGUACUAACUUUGUUUUGUUUGGUAAUUUGUAAACUAGUCAAUAGAGUGGUUAAGCCAUUUGACAAUGACUUUAGAUGAAGCUUUUUGGUUCAAAAAAGGAAGAAUUGUUUGGCUAACAGCUAGCAGACACAGAUUUACAAUGAAAAAAUGGGCAAAAUUGCCCCCAUUAAAAUCCCAGAUUUUUUUGGAGUAUCAAAUUUGGAGAACAAACUCAUUAAAAAGACAAGCAACUGAACUUUCCUGAAUACCAAAAGCUUUCAAUGUGGGGUUUUCUUUGAAAUUAGUUUUAGCAUCCUACUUUAACACCAAACAGGGUAAAUAUAUAGCUAGGAUGCGCUGGAGUGUUGUGACAGAGUAGAUUAUCUUUUGCUGAAGACAACUAACAAGUC